AUAUGUUUUUAUAUAAGUGAAACGUCUUCAACUUUACUCAAGCAAGUCCACUCUCCACUCACUAUGUUACUGCUACAGACUUGGUACAGUCUGUAGCAUGAUGAUGUCACUUCCUUUUGACAGCAGGUCAGCAGCGGCUCUGACAGAGGCCAUGAGUUGACGCAUAUCUCUUGACAAGCAGUGCCCACAAUGUCUGUGAAGCUGCUUCUGCGGUGCACCUUCAGGUCGGAGAAGAAGCGCGUGAUCACGUGUUUAGUCCAGCAGAGACUUCUGUCAGGAGCGGACGCCGUCAACGCACUCAGACCGUUUUAUUUCGCCGUUCACCCAGACUUCUUCGGCCAACAUCCAAGAGAGCGGGAAGUGAAUGAGAAUUCUUUAAAGAAACUAAAUGGCUAUCUGGAAAACCUGCAAAAGCCUGGCUUGCGCUCACUUAAGCCAAUGGACCUCACCUUUUAUGUCAGGGACACAAAGGAGAGCAGUGACAUGCAGGCAGACCUCACCUCAGGGUUCCGGUCUGUGAAGUUCACCCUGCACACAAACGAUGUCUUGAGCACGGUGAUGAACGUGUUAAAGUCGUGCAGCCUGUCUGUGGAGCACAUGAAGGGUCUGAAGGCGAGUGCAGAGGCAUCUAAAAGUCCACCUGAGGCAGGUGUGCCUUUUUACAGACCUAUCAAAUGGGAUAAGACCUACUACACCUUCACUGGCUUCAGAGACCCCGAGCAGGAGCUGCAGCAGGCCAGGAGAGUGGAGCCGACGCUCAGCUUGUGGCUGAGAAAUAAUGAGCCUGAGGCGACGAAGAAGUACAACGCUAGUCUUCCUCUGAGAGAAGAGCUGAAUCGACUGAAGAAGGAACUUUGUCACAAGUUUGAUCUGGCUGAUAUCAGCAAGGAUGAACGUUGGUUAAUUACAGGUGGAGCUGCUCCU